AUGGAGAUGCCCUUGCACCGUCCAGUACCACGGCGGCCAUUCGACAUAACCCCUGCUUCUGAAGAAUCCUCUCGUCCAUCUUCUCCUCAGCCCGAGCCAAACAGCCCCGACCUUUUGAGCAGUCGCAAUGACCUUUCACCCCAGAAAACACGGUCCAUUCUAAAUCUAACUUCGUCUACGCUGUUUGGCAUUUAUUCCGGGACAUCUGACGGCGGGAAUUAUGAGCCUGGUUCUACUCCGUGGGGCACUGGCGCACAGACACCAAGUCACCGCAAGAGCCUGGAUGGCUAUACCCCAGAGGAGCCUCAGAUCACUUGGUCGGGAGGAAAUCGGCCACAGUCAAUGGGCAGACAUCGCACCCGAAGGGUAGGCUUCAGGGGAUACUACCUUCCGCUUGCAUUGCAGACAGCCCUGCUUUUUGCUUUCGGGGUAGGCUAUGGCUCUAUUGUUACGCAUCUACACAAGACUCGGCAAAUCACGCCUGUACCGGUUCCUGGCGCCGAGCUAAGUUCAAGCUAUUAUCAUCUAGCAUGGGGCCUGUUUGGCAUCCUGGUGGGAAACGGGCUGCCUCUACUUGACGAGUGGUUGAAUGAUUCCGUCGUGACUGAUAGCACGCAGCCGCGUCAUCAUCGCUCGAACUCGGGGACCUCUGAUCACGAUCGAGAAGAUAGCAUUGGCCCAAUCUGGUACUCGGCGGUCAGGAGCGUGGGUGCAUUCGUAGGCAUUGCUUUUGCAGUUCGCAAGCUCCCAUGGCAGUCUACACUGCAGGUCUCGUCGACCUUGGCACUGGCCAAUCCUGUAUUGUGGUAUCUGAUCGACAGGUCCAUGCCAGGGUUCGCCUUCUCUACUACGUUGGCCAUAGUCGGCACAGUAUUUCUGUCGAUCAUGAGCCCCAACUUCGUCCCAGUCCCAGCAAUCCACCAAGCGGUAGCAUCUGAGCAGGUGGGCGUCUACAUGUGGUUGGCAAGCAUUCUAUUUUGCUCAACGCUCUGCUUCGGAGCGAUUGGUCGCAAGCUUCAGCUAUAG